AUUUACCAUCAAGGCCUUUUAUCAGUAGUCUAUUGAAAGAGGUCCCAUCUUGUUAAUAAAAGAUAACCAUGUCAAAGAAAGCUGAAACAACUAUCUGCUGGCUGCUGUUGGCCACAUGCACUGCAGUUUUGAUCCAGCCAGGGCUAGCUCAGCUGCCCCCACCUUUAGGGAUCCUACCAUCACCAAUUUCAGGCCUGCUCCCACCAAGGACGCCGGAAGUACAGCAAUGCUGGUCAGCUCUAAUCAACAUACAGGGCUGUAUAUGGGAAAUUUAUAGGUCUUUUUUCAGUGCCCAAUUUGGUAACAUUGGCCCUGAUUGCUGCAAGGCUUUUGCCACAGUCAAUGGAAAUUGUUGGCCUAAAAUGUUUCCAUUGAACCCUUUCUUCCCACCCUUGCUCAAGGAUAGUUGUGCUCGCUUCGGAGCGGUUGCCCCGGCCCAUAAGUGAAUGUUGCCGCUGCUAAGACAGACGGUUCAAACUUCUAGUAUUCUAGCAUUAAGUAAGGAUUAAGAAUUUUUGCUAGUUCACGUAACGAAUAAGAUGUUUUAGGUACAGGAGAUUUCAGACCUGUGUUCAAUAAUUUGAAGUAGUAAAUAAAGAUUGGUGUU